ACUGCAUCCAAGAGAGAUGUGAAGAUAUUCAUCUCAUUUGGAGAUUCUGCACCUGUGAGAGGCGCAGGAUUGAAACCUCCACGUCAUCACUCCAAUCAGCAUUACUAUUAAUCAGAUCAGUCUCAGACAUUGCUGAAACAAUAGUAUAACGACUGUAAUGUGGCCGGCAUGGCUACCGGACAGCGAGGUCAAAAGUUCAGAGUCGAAUUCAGAGCAAUCACGUCUCAUGAUAAAAGAGGCACCGGGUUUGUCUGGAGUCCCUGUUUGUCUAAAUCAUGUGGUGUUUAUGCUCCUCACAUGGUUGCCUGCCCUCAUUACGCUCCUGUCUUCAUGUUCGUACCCCUCUGUGUGAAUGUGUACGUGACAGCAGCGUCCAAAUAUCAACAGUAGAUGUGAGAAAUGCCCAGUGAGAUAACCAGUAUGUGUGAAUGUGCAUCCACACCAGGACAUGGAGUGUGUCUCUGUUUGUGUCCCAUUUCGACUCCUCCCUACUCCGUCUUCUAUAAAACACUGGCGGUCAGAGCAGCUCAGUGGGGUUUGCUGAACUUCCACCCGAGGGGACUUCACUGUCAGCCUGGGCAAGACCACCGCGACGCCUCCAUCACCCCCACUGGUCUCAGCAAGCCGCCCUAAGCAACAAACAAAUCAUGGCUCCUUUUGAGAAAUCCAUGGAGAUGAUGCCCUUCAAGCAGAGGAGAUGCCUCGAAACAAGAAAAGAUGAAGUGUGCAGCAUUCGGACGAAAUUCCCCAACAAAUUGCCUGUGAUAGUUGAACGAUACAUCCGUGAAAAGACUCUCCCUCUGUUAGACAAAACAAAGUUCCUGGUUCCUUUCGAGCUCACCUUGGGUCAGUUCCUGUGCCUGCUCAGGAAUAAGAUUGCCUUGGACUCCACCCAGGCUCUGUUCCUCCUGGUGGCGGAGAAAAGCAUGUCCUGCAUGUCCUCCAGCAUGGGGGAGGUUUAUUCCAGCCACAGCGACACUGACGGCUUCCUCUACAUCACCUACGCCUCGCAGGAUAUGUUCGGAGCGCCUUGACCAGCAGCCAGGCCGCACUGCUGAGCCUGAAGCACAUAAAAUGAACUGAACACAAUCUAACUGGGGAAAAAGAGCCAAGCAGUUUUUUUUAGCCACAAACUGCAUAUCAGCCUACCUCAUGAAACUUUCUGGACUUUCAAAUCACUCUUUCUUCAUGCUCGGUCACCUCAGCUCGCACUUGGGUGGACAAGACUCACCCUGAUGAUGCCUUGUUUUAGACAAAUUGAUUGUUUGAGUCAAUACAGAUGUGUGAUCAUUCUCUGUUGCUCCAAAAUCUUAAAGAAAUUGUGAUGUUUUUUGCCUGUUUUAUGGUCAAACAUGUCCAUAUUUGCCCUUCGGUUACCAUAGAAACAUUGAGCUUCAAUGCAAACAAACCUGCUUUCACAUUGCUGUAAUACCAGUUCAACGUAAAAACCAGCACCAUCUUCUCCACUCUACGGAAACAGGGUCAAUGUCUUGCUGGUAAUCAGACUGCCUUUUAGCACUUAUCUCCCUCUUCCUCCUCUCCUUUCUUCGAAUGCUCGUCAUCCCUCAAGAAUGUGAAACUGCUCUGGCACUCAUUGAAAACAUGGAUGUAAACUGAUGGCUGCUCUGAUUUGUCAGUAUACCAAAAAAUAAAUCCUUUUAAAGUA